AACCUAGGCAUGUGCUCUAAUGGGGAAUUGAACCAGCGACCUCGUGGUUCAUGGGUUGACACUCAACCACUGAGCCACACCAGCCAGGCCAUAGUUUGCCAUUUUUUCAAGUGAUAAUAAUGAUGAUCCUCAGAAAAGUUCAGCUCACAACUCCAACAAUCACAUAAAUGCUUUCCCUGAAGACAAUCAAUUUACUUCAGUUUGCAGCAGAAAUGUUUCAUGUGGAUUUCCCAUUUUGACAUGGAAUAUUAAAAAAGAUGUAUACUCAAGAUUUAAUAAAGUUAAUCAUAUCCUUGCUUUACCAAGGGCAUUUUAAAGUGACUUAAAAUGAAAUUGCCUUUCUUUUUCUUUUUUUUCUUUUUUUAACUCUUGAGUACAUGGCUGUAAAGAAUUUGGCUGCUACUACAGUUUGGUGCUGCUGCCUUGAUUUAUUCUAAGGAGCCAGCAGUUUUGCAACAUCAACGCAAAUGUCAACACAGUGCAAAAGGCACAAGCAGGACACGGUGACCAGCUGCCUUCUCUAGCCCCGAGCAAUGGAGGCGAAUGAUUCUCGCGUGGACUCCGAGUUCCGAUACACCCUCUUCCCGAUUUUUUACAGUGUCAUCUUCGUGGUGGGGGUCAUCACCAAUAGCUACGUGCUGUGGGUCUUUGCCCGCCUGUACCCUUCCAAGAAACUCAACGAGAUCAAGAUCUUCAUGGUGAACCUCACCAUGGCCGACCUGCUCUUCUUGGUCACCCUGCCCCUGUGGAUCACCUACUACUACCACCAGGGCAACUGGAUUCUCCCUGCCUUCCUGUGCAACGUGACCGGCUGCUUCUUCUUCAUCAACACCUACUGCUCGGUGGCUUUCCUGGCUGUCAUCACGUACAACCGCUUCCAGGCCGUGACGCGGCCCAUCAAGACCGCUCAGGCUACUACCCGAACGCGCGGCAUCUUGCUGUCCCUGAUCAUCUGGGUGUCUAUUGUGGCCGCUGCAUCCUACUUCUUUGUCCUGGACUCCACCAACGUAGUGCCCAACAAGACCGGCUCCGGCAACGUCACUCGCUGCUUUGAACAUUACGAGAAAGGCAGCAAACCGGUCCUCAUCAUUCACAUCUUUCUCGUGUUUGCCUUCUUCCUUGUCUUCCUCAUCAUCUUCUUCUGCAACCUGAUCAUCAUCCGCACGCUGCUCCUGCAACCCGUGCAGCUGCAGCGCAACGUGGAAGUCAAGCGCCGGGCGCUGUGGAUGGUCUGCACGGUCCUGGCUGUGUUCAUCAUCUGCUUUGUGCCUCACCAUGUCGUGCAGCUGCCCUGGACCCUGGCCGAGCUGGGCUUCCAGAACAGCGACUUCCACCAGGCUAUUAACGAUGCACAUCAGGUCACCCUCUGCCUCCUUAGCACCAACUGCGUCUUAGACCCCAUCAUCUACUGUUUCCUCACCAAGAAGUUCCGCAAGCACCUUACCGAGAAGUUCCAGAGCAUGCGCAGCAGUCGGAAAUGCCCCCUGACCACCAUGGACACGGGCACCGAAGUGGUCUUGCCGCUCAACCACGUGCCUGCCAAUUCCCUCAAAAAUUAGCCUCUGCCUGAUGGGGCCAGGCCCAGAGACAUGGACAUCAUGACUGACUUGGGGGAAGAAGAGGUAUUUGCUGUGGUCUGGGCACAUCUUCCCUGGGUGCUCGGGGCCCAUGAGAUCUGGAGGCUACCUCCGUAAGGUGGGGAUGAUGGAAGAGCCAGACUGCUAGAAAUCCCAAACCUGAACGAGCCCCUGGAGCCCCCUUUGGACAUCUGCCAUAGAAACCUUGGCUGGUGGCGUUAGCCAGGGGCAGACCUUGGGGACAGACUCUGAGCCACCCAGUGCACCCUGCUCGGGCAGCAUCCCGAGUGCAUAUGACUUAAACUUUGGAGCAACCACUCCCUUCAUCACUGUAAAGGCAGAGAAGGGGGUUUGGGGAAAGGGACACUCCCCUGGCCACGUGGCAGUACCUUUGGGGCAGACUUCUGAGCUGGGAUGAUGCCACCCUGUCUCCACCCACAGGCACAAGGCCUUUGUGACACUUCUUAGGGUGGCUCAAUGGAACCUUCUCCCCACUCACCCAACACCCGAACGGCGACCAGAGAAGAUAACACUUGCAUAGACCAAACGCUAGGAUGGGGAGCUUGUGUCCUGAGGCAGAAGUGUCUCCCUGCAUGGACCUCGCUUCAGGCCUGGCUCAGCUCUGGGGGAGAGACACAAUCGCUGCAUCCAUCUGUCUGUGCAGAGACCUUGAUAAAGUACCUCCUGUCGGGCAGCAAAGGCCCCUCAGGGCGAAACUCUGAUCAUCCAGGGCACCACGAUGUCCAGGGGAUUCCAUGGGAGUGGGAGCCUAGGCUGGUCUCCCCCUGCCUCUUUUUCUAGGGAACCCCCUCCUAAUUUAGCUUCUAGGAGGUGGGAGGAGCAGUUAUGGUUUCUAGGGCCAGCAGGCACUGUGAAUUCUGGGUGCAGAAGAGAAGUGUCCACUUCUCGACGAUCUCUAGAUGCCUGCUUGUGAUUUUCAGCAAAUAUAUUCAAAUGAGCCUCCUCUUGCACCCUGAGCUGAGUACCACAGUCUGAAUCUGGCAGCCUCAGACCCAGGGCUUGGAGGAGCCCUCUCUGGUUUCCAGGGCCUUAUGGGCCUUUAAAGAAAUCUUCUUCCCUCCCAGACAGUGUCCCCAUAAAGUUGGGAUCCUUGGUUUCUGUCUACUGGCCAAGCACUGGAUGGAUGAUUUUUAUAACUGCCUCCCGAUGGGCCAGUAACGCGCUUGGGUCCGCAAUCGUAGCUGUGGGCUGGCCUUACCUGAUGGUGACCAGGCAGUGCAGCUUACUAGAGCUUUGGUGCCACAAAGACUCAGUUUCCACUCUUGGCUUUGUCACUUCCUGCUGAGGAACUUUGAGCUGAAUUUCCUACCUCAUAGGGUUGUUCUGAGCAGCGAAGUAAGUUGCUGAGUCAGAGACCUCUCGGUCAGGGUGCCUUCUCAUCCAAGUUUCUCUCUUUUUCUGAGAAUGUGUUCCCCUCCGUCCUCCUGUAGGAGUUGAAUGGAUGAGAGGUGAACAUCUGGCUCUAGCUGGGCCAGUCAGGAAUUCAAAUGAGCCUCCUCUUGCACCCUGAGCUGAGUACCGCAGCUCUCUCAGGAAUAAGUAGCAAGAGUCAGGGAUGCUAUUUCAGGCUCUGCAAGUCACUCACCUGAAGAUAGAGAAACCCUGGAGCUGUGAGUGUGUGCGCGUCUACAUGUGUGUGUCUGUCUGUGAGUAUAUGCUGGGGUUGAGAGGGUGGCGGAGGCGGCCACCUACACGUGUGUACUAGAGAAAACGGCUCUGUUUAGAGGGAAGCUGGAGAUGUGCAGAGCAAAGCAGAGACAGAGGCCCCGGAACCUGGAGAGAGGAGGGGGUGGUGCUUCCAGGGGCUGCCGCUCUCCUCCUCCAGGCCACGCCCUUCUUGAGGCACAACUGCACUUUUUCCUUUGGGGCCUGUGAGAGUUCCUUGUAGGAAAUCUUCCCUUAUCUUGCUUGAGCUUUGAGUCAUCGAUUACUUGCAACUAAAUGAGCUCCGAACGAGAUAAAUGCUUACAUGCUAAAACAGUAUUUCUUGAAUUUCAGUGAUUUAUGUACCCACCCCCCCUUGAAGUUUUUACAGUGUCUUUGUACCAGCUAUAUAUUUACUCAAUAAAUAUUUUUCUUUAAA